AUGUCUUCAGGCCUGAACGAGUUCUUGAACCAUGAAGAUAUACGCAAAGAGGUUGCUGAAAGCUUGGGCAAGUCUUUCAAACAGCUCGCCACAGCGCCCACAUGGGAUAACUUCGUGAGGGCGUGCUACAUCACCAUAUUCCGUGAACUGCAGGAAUCCACCAGGAAGUUCAGGGCCCGAAUCUCUCGGCGGUUCCUAAAAUAUUCGGAUGACAUUGAACCUUGGCCAUCCUUUGACCCAAGUGGCGAAGAUAAAAAAUGGAGAGAUUUCAUGGUGAAGACAUUCUUCGGGUCAAAAGCAGAACCUAAGGCCGACGAUGUCAUCGCGGCGAUCCAGCAUCCCUUCAUUGUUGCAGCGUUUUGUGAAGUUAAGGCAAAGCUGGAAGGACGGCUGGACAUCAAUCACGAGCUUGCGAGUGUAUUUGAAAUCCCAUACCAAAACGAUGAGAUAAGGAAAAUUUUCAUCAAGUAUCUAGAACCCCGAGGCGUCGGCAUUAUGGAAGACCUGAAGACCUCACGUUGGGUAUACUAUUCGCGGUGUCUCAACAUCAUCGCUUCCUCUGGACAGGGCAAGUCCCGGCUGAUGAAAGAGGUUGGCUACGGUCGACGCGACUGCAUUUCCCCCACCCCGGAGGAUGAACCAGUGUUCUGUAUACCGGCCAAUAUCCGAGAAUUGGACGCACCGGGAUACCCAUUGCCGGACCCUAUAGUAUUCAAGUACUUCAAGACGUUGCAAGGUCGUUAUAGUACGGACAGCCAACAGUCAGAUACGGCACACUGGAGAGCAGCAGUGUUCUUAUCCGAAGCACUUAAGCAUGCCUUGACAUGCCUCAAGGACAUUCCAGAGGCUGAGUAUGUGCCAAAGCUAAGGGCGUGGAAUGAGAAGAUGGAGGGAAGAAAUCGAGAAUACCGAGAUCAAUUUUGGGAAGAUGUUGUCAAUAAUGCGGAGACAACGUACGCAACAACCAUUAUAAACCGGGGCAGCCCUUCUCAACAAAAGUUCAUCGAGCCCGCCACAAACGAGUUGGUCUCCUACCUGUCUGUGCUGCGCGGCUCCGACGCAUCGGUGAUAAUCUACUUUGAUGAAGUUGCAGGAUUCCGAAACCUCUAUUGGAUCCUCUCACGGGUGCUCAGCGCUCAGAGAUCAGCACCGUUGUGGGUCGUCUUCAUGGCCACCAGUGGAAAGCUGGAAGAUUACGAGCCGCCGUGGUGUAACAUAAGCUCCAAGCGAUCGAGCGAGGAGCGUGUGCAGCUACUCCCACCGUACUACUCUCUAGGCUUCGAUCAAUGGGCUCAGAAGGCAGCAGAGAGCCGCACGAUGGGUGAUUUAAGUACUUGGCUACACGCAUCCUAUUACGGUCGUCCAUUGUGA